UUAUGAGUACAUAUAAAACGUUGAUGACUACUACUAUUUUAUUUUGAUCGGCUUAUUAUCGGUUUGAACUCGAUGGUACAUGGCACAUGAUAUAUAAAUAGUUUAUUAUAAAAGCAACCAGAUCAGAUUUGGCUGUCCAAUAUUCAGUUACUGUUGACUACCGACCACUGCACGUUUCGUAUAAUCGAUUUGGAUCAACACAUUGCAUGAAAUGGAGACGGGUAUAGUCGAAUCGUUCGGAAAUGGGACAGUUUUAAUCACCGGAAGUACUGGGUUCUUGGGGAAAAUGCUCACAGAAAAGUUGCUAAGGUCUUGUCCAGUGGACAGUAUCGCUAUUUUAGUCAGAAGUAAGAAAGGGCUUAGCGCCAGUCAACGGGUCGCGGAAAUAUACAAGCAAGCUCUAUUUGACCGACUUCGUAGUGAAAAAUCAGAUUUUAUAGAGUCAAUCAGGAUCAUCGAUGGACAUUUAGAAGAAUCAUCGAUGGGUUUAUCACCGUCUGACCGAGAGUGGUUGAUAGAUAAUGUGAAUUUCGUUUUUCAUUGCGCGGCUACGAUUAAGUUCAACGAACCUCUCGAUUUGGCAUCGCAAAUAAAUGUCCAAGGCACUGAAAAUGUGUUGGCAUUAGCAUCUCAAAUGAAAAAUCUCAAGGGUUUUGUGCACGUGUCAACAGCUUACUCACACUGUCCGAGGAGUGAAAUCAAAGAAGAAUUCUAUGACGUUCCAAUCACGGCUAAAGAGUUAAAAAAUGUGGUUGUUGACGAGGAAUCGACUACUAAAGUUCUAAAGAAUUGGCCGAAUACGUACACAUUUACAAAAGCAGUCACGGAAAAUAUGAUACAAACAAACGGAAAUCACUUGCCGAUAUCAAUAUUUCGUCCAUCGAUUAUCGGAUGCACGAAAUCUGAACCAGAACCUGGCUGGUUGGAAAACAUGAACGGACCAACAGGUUUGGUUACCGGAGUCAUGGUUGGAUUUUUGAGGACGGUACCAAACAUCGGGAGCAAUAUAACAGAUAUCAUCCCUGCCGAUUACACCGUCAACGCAUUGAUUAGCGUCAUGUGGGACACAGUUAACAGACACAAACAGUCGAACGGAGUGAACAACAAGGUACCGAAAAUAUAUAAUUACGUUUCAUGUGUCGAAAGUCCUUUGACAUGGGGUAGAUAUAUCAGAGAAAUGCACGAUCAAUAUUACGUAGCUCCUCCUUUGCAAUCGAUGUGGUACGGUUUUUAUAUUUUCUAUACGAAUUUAAUGGUCGGAAGUAUUUUGAGAUUUUUCUUACACCGAAUACCAGGCGCAUUUAUGGACUUAUUAUUGAUUUUGUGUGGUAAAUCUCCCAAAAUGUUGCGAAUGUAUGCGAAAACAGAAAAUAUGAUUGAUUUACUAUAUGAGUUUUCUACAAGACAAUGGACAUUUGAUAAUGGCAAUAUAAGAGAAUUGUGGUCGUCGCUAAGUAAAGACGACCGUGAAACGUUCCGGUUUAGUUUAGAGGAAUUUGAUUGGAAACCUUACAUAAAAAGCUACUAUUAUGGUAUCAGGAGGCAUGUACUGCACGAAGACCUAAGCAACGUAGGAAAGGCAUCAUCGAAAAACCAAAUGUUAUUAUGGCUGCAUCAGAUGUUUAUGGUUCUAAUUGUUUAUAUCUUGCUGCAAUUGUUUUGGGCGUGUAUAACAUUUGUAUUUUGAAGAAACCGUCGUCAAUAUUCUAUCCAAAAAACAAAUCUAACAAUAAUUGUUAUUAAUUACCAAAAACGAGUUACUUUUAAUAGAUAUAGUUCUUAGAUUCUCAGUUCUCACCAUGUGAAAUGUAAAUAUUAUAAUGUAAACAUACAACAUAUAUAUAUUUAUAUAUAAUAUGUAAUAUAUGUAUUUGUCUUAUUGACUAUUUUAA